GUACUUCCGGUCCGGUCUCGUUACUAUUCACGAGAAUAAACGAGAUUUUGCUAAUAAAGUUUUACAAACGAGACUUGAAACUAGCCUCUUUUUGGAUUAUCCUGUGUGCAAAAACCCAUCAUGGAAAACUGGGAUGCUGAAGCUGCACCGGCGCCUGAACUGCCAGAAAUCAAACUGUUUGGAAAAUGGUCUCCAGACGAUGUGCAAGUUAAUGAUAUCAGUUUGACUGAUUACAUUGCUGUGAAGGAAAAAUAUUCUAAAUAUUUACCCCAUAGUGCUGGCAGAUACCAAUUGAAAAGGUUCCGUAAGGCUCAGUGUCCAAUUGUUGAGAGAUUGGUUUGUUCUCUUAUGAUGCAUGGACGUAACAAUGGCAAAAAACUGAUGACAAUGCGUGUAGUAAAGCAUGCUUUUGAAAUCAUUAAUUUACUUACAGGAGAUAAUCCUCUGCAAGUGUUGGUAGUAGCAAUUAUAAACAGUGGUCCACGUGAAGAUUCCACCAGAAUUGGUCGAGCUGGUACAGUCAGACGACAGGCUGUAGAUGUAUCACCCUUGCGGCGUGUCAACCAAGCUCUUUGGUUGUUAUGUACAGGAGCUCGUGAGGCUGCAUUCAGGAACAUAAAGACAAUUGCAGAAUGCUUAGCUGAUGAACUCAUAAAUGCCUCUAGGGGAUCAUCAAAUUCUUAUGCUAUCAAGAAGAAAGAUGAACUGGAACGAGUAGCCAAGUCCAAUCGUUAAGAUUUGUGUUUUGGUUGGAAAUUUGGUAUCAAUAAACAUCAACAUGUGA